GCUCUUCCCCACAGCUGCUCGGUGAGCUGUCCACUUCAGCACCACAAGCCGAGCACAGGCUACGGGGACUUUGCUAAUGCCGCAAAGGAGGAACGAAGAGGACCAAGCUACGGCUCCGCAACAACAGCACCAGCGACCCAGCGCACAAGAGCGAGGAACGCACGCCGAUAUCGGCUGGGGACGCCUCCGAUUACCUGUCCGAAGACUGCGGGAAAGGAAAGACUACAGUCAUCAUGUAUGAUGCAGCGAGGGUGCCAUCUCCCAAUGAUGGUGCAAACGGUCUCACCAAACCAGCGGCGCCUGCGACAGGAGCAGAUAUGGGGGCAACAACGGAAGGAGGCGGCCUAACGCCACCAACGGCCCUACAAGCAAAAACUGAAGAAGGACAGCCAGCUGCAGAGGAAGAAGAACCACAGCCGGUCUUGGUUAAAAAACCACGGAGAGAGAUUUUGGACCAUGACAGGAAGAGGAGGGUAGAACUCAAAUGUAUGGAGCUCCAAGAGAUGAUGGAAGAACAAGGGUACACGGAGGAGGAGAUUCAACAGAAAGUGAGCACAUUCCGACAAAUGUUGAUGGACAAAGAGGGGGUCAUCACCAGAGACGGCUCACAACCAGUGGUCAACCACAUGCACUACUACCCAGAGGAUGAUGGUGAAUUGCCUGCCGAUGAAGAUGGAGACUACGCCGAUGAUUAUCGCAGUGACAACAGAGCAAAGAGAAAAUCAAGCAGCUCUCCAUCCCCACGACCAAAGAAAAGAAAGAAGAAGAAAUCUGGCCGCAGAAGAAGUCGGUUUGGCAGCUCAUCACCCAAUCGCAAACAGAAGAAGAAAAAGAGUGGGAAGAGACACAAGCAUGCCAGGUCGGCAUCAGGCUCCACCAAAAAGAGGAGGUACAGGUCAGGCAGCCCAAAGGACAAACACAAAGAUAAGAAAAAGAGGUCCCCCGCAGAGACCCCCAGGAGGAGCGUACAGCGUCAAGGCAGCUGUUGCAGCAGCCGCAGCGCUUCUCUGUCAUCCGCUGGGAGCGCCUCCAAAUCUCCCAGCAGACUGAACUCCAAGCACAAGAGAAGUGGAAAGAAGGCAGCAAGUGCUUCACUAUCCCCUGGCCCCGACAGUCCCACCGCUUGGCAUAAUGGAGACCACCCCAAGCGCAGUCACAACUGCCACAAAGCCGGCAGACUCAACCACACAGAUGGUGAUAAGGUGCAAGAUAAGCUGCGGAUACCGGCUCCUGGCUCCAAGAUCAUCCAGUCCACUUUGCUGAAAGAACAGAAGCUCCAUAGCGCCCCCAGCAGGAACCAAGCAGUGCCAACCUGCACCUCGGGUGAAACUGGAAGUGUGGACGGCGGGAACACGUCAGGGAAGAGAGCGAGUCAGCGAGGACGGAAUAAGGGCUGCCACUCUCCUGCUCACAGCAGCGACUCGGCACGUUCCCACAACAACCACGCUCACAGAGGAAGGAGCAGCCGCCAUCAGAGAAAGACAAAAAGCAGCCAUUCCUCCAAGCGUCAUCACCGCUCCGGUCGAGGUCAGGCUCACAAUCGCAGCCCAUCAGCCUCGUCAGGCCGACACUCUCACACGUCAAGCAGAAAGAAAGAGGUGUCGCGAAGCAAACAGAACAGACAUCGCAGCAGCUCCUGGAGCAGCGAACGCUCAUCGUGUGCCCACAGGGACCGUGGCCUCAGCACGACCAAGUCUCCUCACAACAGACACAACGCCUCAAGAGACAGGGACAGCCCAAACCGCUGCGACAGCGACGCAGACAGCCGGGCCCGCCGCCGCUCUCGAAGUUACUCGCCCAUUCGCAAACGGAGGAGAGAUUCGCCCAGUUUCAUGGAGGCUCGCAGGAUUACCAGUGCUCGAAAACGUCCGAUCCCGUACUACCGUCCGAGUCCGUCGUCAUCGAGCUACGACAGCAGCCCCUCGCGCUCCAGCCGCAGUCGCAGCUACAGCAGCUACAGUCGCAGUCGCAGCAGGAGCCGCAGCAGGAGCAGGAGCAGGAGUCGAAGCCGCAGCCGCAGCUGGACUCGCAGUCGCAGCUGGAGUCGAAGUCGCUCUCGCAGUCACCACAGUUACUCCAGCCACAGCAGCUACGACAGUCCCGGCUUCUGAGGGGAACCCGCAACCAGGGGCAGGAAGAUGCAAUUGGGUUUCUCAAGUUUUCCACUCCAGGUUCCAAAUACCCGUUUACCCGAAAGACUAUUCUGUACUCUGUUUAGAUAAUGUAAUAAAACGGCACUCUGUCAUUGGUAAGUAUUUGGCCAAUGACAGUCAGUAGGAUUUGUCUUUACACAACACCACAAUGGUUUUGGAAUGAAAGCCUCUAACUGAAGCUCAGCAUUCAUUUAAGAGGCUUUAUGAAAUAACGCAUUUAUUAUUUCAGAAAUACCGACUGUGUCCGUGUGAAAGCCGAUGACCCACCCCCGGCAGUCUGCGCUACAGAGGCCCUAAACGAAUAUGUCUAUAGGCGUACCCCUCCUAGAUGCUUUGAACACAUUUAAAAACAUUUUUAAAACUGCCUUUUUAAAGUAUUUUUUAACACCUGUUUUUACAUUCAAGAAAUCAGAGAUUAUCUUGUAUAUCAUCACUUCACCUUGAGGAAAUGAAGACUGGAUGUGACAUAUAGACGGUCUCAUGGAAAUUAACAGAUGUCGCAAUAAUUAUAACACACACGGAGCAGCAACUCAUACAAGCAGCGCAUUUAACAAUACUCCGAGAUUUAUAUUCUCUCUGACUUUGUUGGAACGACAAUUACUGCAGCUGAGUAGAGGACAGACUCUGCCUUUUAUUCUCACUUUCGUUUUUUUUUUUAAUAUAUUUUAUUUUUAACUUCAAGUCCAUUGUUGUGGUGUUUAAAGGCAAAUUCCUAACAAUUCUGGAGAGGGUAAAACAUUCCCCAAAAUGUAUUCACACUUGUCAAAUAUGCGAUUUGGCCGAGCCCUUGAACAAACCUUGCUAUUUGUUGGCACGUUCUUUCACUUCCUCCACAAAGUGGCCAAAAUCCGAAGUAAAUGUGUGCGUGUGUGUGCGUGCACAUGUGUACAUAAAAGGGAGCUGCUGAGUAUACCACACAUGAAACGAAAAAGCCACGAUAUAUUUCCCCUCUCUUCCCCAAAGACGUUCACUCCUUGAGAGCAGCAAGAUCAAUGAAAAGCAGAACAACAGAGAACAAAACGUUUUUUUUAAUGCUUGAAAGUCACAUUGUAUGUGUUUGUCUGUAUAGAUCUCUUCUGGCUUUGUAAACUAUGCACUGUAUACUCCAUUAAGAUGCAAGAGUGGAGGCGAUACAGCAUAGCACGGCCAAUCGGAAAGCAAGUGUCCCUUUUCGUGGGUACGUGGCUCGAACUAAACUUUAGGAUGCUGCUCUAAUGGGUAUGCCAGCCAGCCACAAGCUAAUUAGAUGACAUGUACUAUUUAUUACCUUAAGUCUGCCCUAUCUAAUUUACUGUGACGCGUAUGUUGAGUCUGCUUAUCCUUCAUUUAUGGGUAACAGACUCUGUGUGUCAGGUUAAAGCGGGGUACACACAUACUGAUUUUUUUUCCAACAGGGAAGACAGCCCCAAAAUUUUCUUUACACUAAGAUGUUGAAAGUGAGUCUACUAGUCUAAACACAAAUUGUUUUUUUUGGAAUAAGAGUCAAGUAGCACAAUUUAUUUGUUUUUAGCCAUUUCAGUGGGUGGCCAUUUUGUCACUUUCUGUCAACUGAAAAUGACAUCAGAGUUGCUCUGGGCGCCGGUAAUGACAAAUCACGGUUCAGCUGUGUUUUUUUUUUUUUUUAAUGUAGAUGAGCCAUGAGCAAAUGUGAUGUCAUUUUCAGUCGACAGCAACUGGCAAAAUGGCCGCCCCCUGAGAUGGGCAAAAACAGGUGGAUUUUACUGCUUACCUCAUAUUCCACAAAGUCAAUAUUAAUCAGAAUGCUGUGUUUAGACUAAUAGGGCUAUAGAGAACAUAUUGUGAAGAAAUUUCUGUGUUGACUUCUCCUUUGACCAAACUAUGUAUCAGGUGUAAUAUUUAAUAUUGUCGGUUGCAAUGAUUUUCUGAGUAGAUGACAGGAAAAACUUACUGCAAAACUUUCCAUGCACGUUUUGUGAAUCUAAUAUUAAUGUAUUUAUUUAUGUAUUUAUUGACAUAUUGAUUUAUUUAUUGGACUAUUUAUGAUUUUAAAUUAUUGAACCUUUUUUAGCACGAGGCCGUGGGCUGCGAAAACUGGUAGAAUCAUGCUUGGAAGAUAAUAUUGCAGCAAUUGUAUUCCAAUGUGAAAAUGGACUGUAUGCAUCCAUGUUGGGUGGACGGAAGGCUUACACUUCACUCGUCAAUAAUGGAAUCGACACACCGCGACUGCCAUUAUUUUGUGGAGUGGUUCAAUACAAGAUUAAAAAAGUCUCCUUCCACCGUAUGCACAAAAAUAUGGAGAUGGGCCUCUGAAUUAAUUCAUUCAUCAAUUAGGAGUUUGAGCAGACUCCUUAAUCCGACAUUUUACCAAUUUGGACAGUUGUAAACUCUCCCCCCAUCCCCCCCUGAAAAAAAAAACGUAAUAGUUUGAGGAUGGUUGUUUUUAUGGCUUAGUGCAAAAAUUAAGGUCCAAAAUGUUCAGACUUCAACCCCACUAAACACUUUGGAAAUUAUUGUUGUCGAUCUAGAGCGGAAGCAGCUGAAAAAGUAGAAAUUUGUCAGCAUCUGUCCUGCCUGGACAAUUUACAGAAGCAAAUACAGACAGGGUCCAUCCGAAAGUAUUCCCAUCACGUUAUCAUGUCUUUAGUCAUUUGCACUUUGUUGCAUUCCUUAUAAGACCUCAGAACAACAAAACCCGUCCUUAAUUUAUUCCAAAUAUAGCACUGCCCCUUUUGAUCCUUUGGGUCGUUCUUUGUAGUGUGCAAGUUCAUAUUCCUGACAAUAAAUUGAAACAAAUGGGCUAAAUAAA